AUGACGCUUUUAACGCUGUUUACAAAUAAGGAGAAGAGAACCGGAAACAAGUGGCCUCCUGAGGUGAUACCUGACGUUAUAUUUAUAUCUAUUGGAAAGAACAUGGAACUCGAUUUGGUAAUCGACAUGCACGCUCAUUCGUCUCUUCACGGUGUAUUUACUUACGGGAACGCAUACGACGACGUGUACAGGUACGAAAAACAUAUAUUGUUUCCGAAAUUGUUAUCCCAACAUAUUGAAGGUUACGAACAAGCGCAUUCAAUUUGUAACAGAGAUUUUAAAAAAUGCGGAACGUCACGGAGGUUUUUGUGUCAAUCGUUGAAGGAGAAAGUCAAUUGUUAUACGUUGUUCGUGUCGCAGUACGGCUUCAGUGUUUCUCCAAAAACCAUGAUUCCGUUCACUGAAGAUUCGUUUUACACCAUCGGCCGGUGCGUGGUGCUCGCGUGUUCCGACUACUUCAAAUCGACCGGCGUGCUGACGCCGCAGGACGUGGCUGUCAAGUGCGUCAAGAAACGGGAUAGGAAACGGAAAACCGUGUUGUACCGGCAGCGCGAGACACACCCGUCAUUCAAGAGGAAAAUUAAAAAAAAAUCGCUAGCGUUGAAGCGGGUGGACAUCAAAGAUACGUUUCGCAGUGCUCUGGUGGACUGCUCGGGGCGCCCGUCCGACGACCCGAACAGGGCGAACGCCAACAGGCGGAACAUGCGCUUUGUGGACCCUUCGAAAGCCGUUGACAACCGGCGGUCAUCGAACGCUGCGGACCGCGAGAACGUCACCGCCCCACACACGUUUUCAAUCAUAAACGUCAACGACAUCAUACGAGACACGGGCGCGUUGCUCAAGUUCUGAUGUGGCGGAUCGCUAUGUAAUAUCAUACAAUGUCAUACACUCGUGUAGUGAUGUUAUAUGUUUAUAUAGAUACCUAAAUCUGCAAUGUCGGAUCCUACGGGACAAUGGUUGGAGAGGGAUUUAUUUCAAACGUCCUUACCGAAUUUCCACUGGCGUUUCCACUUGAGCGUUUUUCUUUUUAAGGACGCACUUAGAUCGCGAUUCGUGAUACCUCUACAAUC